CCAUGAGCGAUGGCGAUGGGGAAUUUAAACUGUAAAGGGAAAGAGCAACGUAAUGACGUCAGAAUACGUGUAUGAAACACAAGCAGGCGGGGACGGUAACACUGAUAAGCCGAGCUGUGCUCGUUUAAAGCAGAGUUGGGCGUGAAAGUUGUGACGGUUGUGUCAGAGAAAAAGAAGUGCCACUGUAAUUUCCAAGUUGUUAACCCUUUCAAUGUGAAAAAUGUGCAAAAAGCAGUGGUUUCGGCGUGUAAUCUAUGGUGGAAAUUAUGUUUGGUGCUGAAACGUCGUGAUUACAGUGCAUAUACCAUGUUCCGCUGCAUCCCAAUUUUUAAAGGGUGUAACAGGCAGGUUGAAUACGUUGACAAGCGUCAUUGCUCUCUGCCAAGCGUCCCUGAUGACAUUCUUAGAUAUUCACGAAGCCUAGAGGAGCUUCUGCUUGACGCGAACCACAUUCGUGAUCUGCCCAAGAACUUCUUUCGUCUUCAGCGUUUAAGAAAACUAGGUUUGAGUGACAAUGAGAUACACCGGCUACCACCAGAUAUUCAAAAUUUUGAGAAUCUCGUAGAACUCGAUGUUUCACGAAAUGAUAUACCAGACAUUCCUGAGAACAUAAAGAAUUUACGAGCCUUACAAGUGGCGGACUUCAGCAGUAAUCCUAUACCCCGACUUCCAGCUGGAUUCGUUCAACUCAGAAAUUUGACAGUAUUAGGUUUAAAUGAUAUGUCAUUAUCUAAUUUACCAACUGAUUUUGGAAGCCUUGAAAACUUGCAGUCUUUGGAAUUAAGAGAAAAUUUGCUCAAAUCCUUACCUGAAUCACUCUCUCAACUUCUUAAACUAGAGAGACUAGACCUCGGAGAUAACGACAUAGAAGAAUUGCCAGCGCACAUAGGAAAAUUGCCAGCUCUUCAAGAAUUGUGGUUAGACCACAACCAGCUGCAACACUUGCCUUCUGAAAUCGGUGAAUUAAAGACUCUAGUAUGUUUAGAUGUCUCAGAAAAUCGACUAGAGGACUUACCUGGAGAAAUCGGUGGUCUCAAGUCACUAACGGAUCUUCAUUUGUCUCAAAAUGUUAUUGAAAAAUUACCAAAUGGUUUGGGAGAACUUAAACAUCUGACUAUUCUUAAAAUUGAUCAAAAUAGAUUAUCCGUCUUGAAUGCAAACAUUGGCAGGUGUGAAAAUUUGCAAGAAUUAAUUCUUACAGAAAAUUUUCUUCUGGAACUGCCAAUUUCUAUAGGAAACCUUCUUAAUUUAAAUAAUCUUAACGUGGAUAGAAAUAGCUUACAAUAUCUUCCUACGGAAAUUGGAAAUUUAAAGAAAUUAGGUGUGUUAUCAUUAAGGGAUAACAAGUUGCAAUAUCUUCCCACUGAAGUUGGACAAUGUGCGGCACUUCAUGUGUUGGAUGUAUCCGGUAACAGGUUACAGUAUUUACCGAUUUCCCUGAUCAAUUUGAACCUUAAAGCAGUUUGGUUAAGUGAAAAUCAGGCGCAGCCAAUGCUGACUUUUCAAACGGAUGUAGACGAAGAAACAAAACAAGAAGUUCUCACAUGCUUUCUACUACCUCAAUUGGAGUACCAUCCAGAUGCGCAACAUGAUAACAAACUGGGAAUAUUAUCGGGAAUGAAGAAUAUAGUUUCAGGGGGCGAAAUGAGGGAAGUUGCUUGUAGCGAUGAUGAAGGUUGGCAGGAACGAGAAGCAUCGAGAACGCAUUCUGUCAAGUUUACUGACGAACUUCCAGAGGCUGAUAAGGAGACACUUUUUGUACGACAGAACACUCCGCAUCCAAAAGAGCUGAAGGCAAAAGCUCACAAGCUGUUUGGUAAAGGCAGGAGCGAUAGUCGUUCGGCUUCUACAGAUGAACAAGAUGUUUCACAAACCUUUGGCAUAGAAAAAACUGAAGACAAUGUUUCAAGAACGCCGACUGAUGUUCCUGGAGAUAGGCAACAUUCUUCUGUUCAAGAUGGUUCAACAGAAGAACCUAAUGUGUUAUUGUCGGAAGUUGCAUACAAAAGCUCUACUGACCCGUUUAAACCAGAUUACGAGUCGACUCAACAACCUUCAGAUAGUCAACAUAUAGUGGAUGUGGAGUUCGAAGAUUCUGUAAGGGGUUCGAAAUUUAGGGAUGAGGAUGAAUCUGAAAGUGAGGACACGCAGAGACAUGUUGAAUUUUCUAUAAUGGAUGAUGUGGAUUACGAAGGUGGGGGUGAUUCUGACAAGCCAAAUAGGCUUCAUCGCCGGGACACCCCACAUCAUUUGAAAAAUAAGCGUAUUCACACGUCAAUUGACAAGGAAAGAGUUGCUUCUAUCAUAGCACAGGCACUUAUGAAGAAGAACGAUGACGCUGCCGUUAUUUAUCCAGCUCCAAUGGACUCAGUAGAAAAUUUUGAUCAACGUAGUCAAGGAGCUGCCUCUGAUGCUGAUCCUUCAAUAGAAAUACGACAAGAACAAUAUGAAAUUCAUAUUGAAAGAACUACUGGUGGGCUUGGAUUGUCUAUAGCUGGUGGAAUUGGUUCCACGCCUUUCAAAGGGGACGAUGAGGGAAUAUUUAUUUCAAGAGUAACAGAAGGUGGUCCUGCUGAUCUUGCCGGUUUAAGGGUAGGAGAUAAAGUUCUUUCAGUAAAUGGAGUUUCAGUAGUUAAUGUUGACCAUUAUGAUGCAGUGGAAGUUUUAAAAGCCUGUGGCCGAGUACUAGUACUUGUUAUUGUUAGAGAAAUAACGAGAAUAGUACCUUCGUCCGAACAGGAUUCGACGAGAAAGGAUUCGGUAUGUUCGAGUAUGAGCACAAGCCGAGCACCAAGUGCAACUUCUUAUGUUUCAUCCACGGCGUUGUCUCAUAAUCUUGAAAAUGACGAAAUGAGUGAAUCAAAAAAGAUAAAAAAAAUUCCAGAACCAUUGUCAGCAGUUAAACCAACUGUGGAGCCUUUAAUAGCCGUUCUUGUACAUACCACACUUAUUCGCGACCAGAAUGGACUUGGUUUUAGCAUUGCAGGUGGAAAAGGAUCUGCACCAUUUGAAGCUAAUUCCGAUGCCAUAUUUAUUUCGAGAAUAACCGAUGGCGGAGUAGCGCAGAAAGAUGGAAAAUUACGAAUAGGGGACAAAGUAAUAUCUAUUAAUGGUGUUGAAAUGGCAGAAGCCAAACAUGACCAAGCAGUAGCUUUACUGACUGGCUUAGAAAGAUUCGUUCGGCUAGUAGUUGAACGCGAAAUACCUCUUUCUCAAGCACAUCCAGCUAAUUUAAUAACGCCUUCUGAAAAGUCACCUCACGUUAUUGGUGUUCCCAAACCUUACACGGGCCUUUACAGUCCCAAUAGUUACAUGGUUAACAGACCAGGAUACGUCAGUUAUCGUCGGUCCAUGGAUGCGGACAAAUCUUUAUCCCCAAAUUCGGCAGCAAAUACACCGCAACCCAUCAAAACUGAGCCCAUGAACGGGGUAUCUAAAAUGAAUGGUGACAGUGAAGCCAUGAAUUUUACUAAAAGGCCUGCAUCGGUAACCACAACCUCCGUAACCAGCCAAUUACAUCCGCAGCCAGCCCCAAGAUACAGCUUUUCCCAAUUGACAUCAACGCCAAGUACGAAUACAGAUCUUACACCAACAACCAACGCUGGCAGUACACCAACGCCGAAUUUAGCACCAACAGCGACGGCAGAACCCAGAUCAUCAAGUCCUCAGGAAGACAUACAGGUAGCCAAACCAAUGACGAAUGAGGAAUUUCAAGCCAUGAUCCCCGCUCACUUCCUUCGACCUCCGACCUCCUCGCCCUCGUUAGACUCCCAUCAUGGCCCCAUUGUGACGGUGACAAUCAAGCAGCCCGAUAAUUUACCCGGGGACGUUAGUUUUCCGCCAGCGCCAACGACGCUGGGUAAAGUUACCGAGACCAUCACGAAGAGUACACUUACAGAGACUGUUGUUACUAGAGUCACCGACAACCACUUGGUCUUACCAGUUAUCAUCGAGGAUGUUGUACUCAUGAAGGAAGGGUCUUUGGGCUUUAGUAUAAUCGGUGGCACGGAUCAUUCUUGUACGCCAUUUGGUGCAAGAGAACCUGGAAUAUUCAUAUCUCAUGUUGUACUUGGUGGAAUAGCAGCUGAAUCUGGCAGAUUAAGAAUGGGUGAUCGAAUACUAAAAGUAAACGGAACCGAUGUUACUAAAGCUACUCAUCAAGAGGCUGUGAUGGAACUUUUACGACCAGGCGAUUCAAUCAUUCUUACCGUUCAACAUGAUCCACUCCCGGAGGGCUAUCAAGAACUUGUAAUAGUAAAACAACUAGGAGAGAAACUGGGAAUGCAUAUCAAAGGAGGGCUCCGCGGACAGCGAGGAAACCCUCUGGAUCAAUCAGAUGAAGGUGUAUUCAUAUCCAAAAUUAAUUCUGGUGGUGCUGCUAAGAGAGAUGGGAGAUUAAAGGUUGGAAUGAGACUGCUGGAAGUUAACGGAACUUCGUUGCUUGGAGUGACACAUCAGGAAGCUGUGAAUAUUCUGCGAUGUUCGGGCAACACAAUAACUUUGGUAGUCUGUAAAGGCUACGACAGAAACGAAGUUGAGCACCUAUUAACGACAUCCAGUGGUAGAGAAUCAAAGGAAUCAAGAUCAUCUCGGGAACAUAAAGAUGGAACUGCUGAAGAUAUGAAAUUCUUAUCUCACAGUGUAUCAAGUCUUGAUAGAGAUGAUGUUGAAGCCGCUACGCUUCGACAAGAACAGGAAAUGAAAGCAGACCUCGUAGCGUGGGAACAGGAAGAACGAGAACGUGCUCUUAUUAACCAAAGAGAAAAGUCUACUCCAGAAAAGGUGCUAGACGUUGUGAGGGCAGCAGAAUCGUUAGUAAAUAAGCCAAACAGUCCGGUUGACGUACCUGCCCCACCAAAAUCGCCUGGAGGAACAAAAGAUCUGAAAACUACCACAAUUGUGAUGAGUAAACAUACACUGGCACCUCAAAAUCCAUCUCUACCGCUAGACAAACAAUUGGAUGUCGGAACAUUAGUGGAUACAUCUUUUUCCUCGACUUCUUCCAUUUCCGCUCUUUCACUACUGUCAAGCAGUGACAAAAAUCCUCUCUCAAAUGUGCGCUUCCGUUUUCGCCUUCCUCCUAUACCCUUAACCUGCCUUGAAUACCCCAGAGGCAAUACUUGGCUGUCAUUUAGCAACCGACAGAUUGCACGCUCUGUUGAUGGACUUAUUCAGGUUGAGCCAUCGCCGACUCCAUCUCCAACUUUACCGCCAGCUAAAAUGUCGGUUAGUGACAGAAAAAGAUUAUUUGAAAGUGCUAUGGAAGAGCAUUUAAAACCUUCUCCGAAAACAGAAAAGGUUUUUAGUUUUUUAAGUCAAGAUGAAGUGGAGAAAAUGAAGCAAGAAGAAGAGAAAAAGAUCGCCACUUUAACGAGAGACGAGUUAAAGUCUUGGGCACAGAUCGACGAAAACGAAGGAUUGGAUGAAUCUGAAGAUCUUGUAGAAGAACAAGAAUUCAGAAGACCUGAUAGCCGCCUGAGUUCACGAAGUUCAAACGCACAGAAUGCUUCAAAUAUUGUGAGGACAGCAAAAGCUGAAAGAAGACUAAAAGAUAGAAUGAUACAAGAGGGUUUAUUGUCUGACGACGAAGAAGAAAGUCACUUAACUCCUGCUGAGCAACGUGCACUGAGGGCAGAAAAGAGAGCUGCUUGGAGACAAGCGCGUCUUAAAUCUCUCGAACAGGACACUCUAGAGGCACAGCAGUUAGUAAUGAAAAAGAUGAGUGAAAUUAAUUAUGCGACCAAUAAGGCUGAACAACCACAAGAAUGUGAGGGCAACAAUUGUACGUUAUAUGCUAAGAAAGUUUCAGAGUUCUCUACGUUACGGCCAUCUAGUGCAGAUUUUCCCAAACUUGCUCUGCGCAGCAAGCUGGGCCCGUCUAAAGCUGUCCGUGAGUCAGAAAAAGUAGUCGACGAGAAGGUUACUCGCCGCACAGAAGAGUAUGUGGACGAGGUGACGGGUGAACGUCGGGUACGAACUGUUGAAUACGUCGAAAAGCUCAUUGAGCGUGAGGUUGAAACGCUGCGAGAGAAAAUUAUUUCUUUGGAGCUGAGCAAUGCGGAAGAAGAUGUCGAAAGCAUUGCUGGGACUGGUGCAAGCGAUGCUGAAAGUGAAAGUGAAAACGUCACUGGACAAAAUUCAGCAGGGAAACCCCCCACGGAAAAGUCGGAUCCAUUUAUUUCCGCAAAUGAGUCUCAGGAUACUCCGACGGACGGCAAAAAUAGUGCGAAUAUUAUGAGUACAUCUACAAAGAAGAAAAAGCGAAAACGUUCGAAGAAAGGACGUCAUUGAUUGAUAUGCUUUACCAUUAUGUAAUGGUGCAAAGAUUGUAUAAGAAACUGUUAUAUGACUUCAUACUUCAACAUGCUAGAACAUACAUUCGGCAUUUCGUAUCGAUGACUUUUUGUUUUCUGAAUAGGUCGUACAGAUGAAUUAGCAUAACAAAUUAAGGAAACAAUAGAUGUAAUUAUAAUUAUUCAGAUAGAAAUUAUUGUUAAAAGUACGGGGCAUAUAGUAUAUUGGUACACUUAAUAAAUAUCCAUCUAUGAAAAUGGUGAAAACCAUUUAUUAAGUUGCACAUUCAUGAAGUCUGUUUUUAUAGUAAGAGCUGCACUAAAAGUUGAUGUAUGCUUUUAUAUCUUGUUUAUUCCGAAAAUGUGAAUUCUAUGGAAAAAAAUCCAGCUAUCGCAAGCGUAGUGAAGUUUUAAACAGCGAAGAGCGUGAAAUAUUUUUUCUGCAAUUAGAAGUUUUUUGGUAAGAUAUAAGCUUUAAAAUGAAAUAAAAAAGUAAAAAAUAGCUUCAUUUUUUAUUGAAUUUCAAUAGAAAUUUCAGCCAUAACUGAAUCAAAAAGCAAACUUUUUUUUAUUUAUUUGGUCUUAACUUAGGGCUUACGUCAUAAUGCAUUUUUUAAAACUUAGUUCUAUAUUUCUAUCAUUCAGGAUGUGUCAGCAAUAAUAUUGACUACAAAUUCUGGUGGGUAAGAAUUGCUGAAAGUUAUAAAUGCAUCAGGAGUAAACAAUAAAUAAUUAUUAAUACUUCAAUAUGCUUGAGAUAGCUCAAUUUUCAUCAGAUUCAAAUUUUCAUGAUAAACUAUUAGUAGCAUACACAAACUUUUAGCCGUCCCGUGGGUUUUUGAAAGUCGAACAAAUAAUUUUUCUAUCCACUCUAAUGCGCAUGUUUAAAAAUAUUUCAAAACAUUCAGUUUUAGCAACAAGAAAAAUUUCAGAAAAAUCUAAUACAGCAGCCUUUAAAAUGCUAUUCCAUAACUUCGUGAAGCCUACGUUUUUAACUCAGUAUUUUAAAGGGGGCUCAUUAUGUGAGUAUGGGCAUAAACGCUCUGCACUUUUAUACGAGUAUUUCAAUUAUCAUUUUUUAAUGUUGGUACAUGAAGCAGUCGAUUCAGAAUUCCAAAAUAAGCUCGAAUGAAAAUUUCUGGAUAGAUUCCAUGUAAAACGAUUUACAAGACCAAUGUAAAUUGUCAAGUGAAAACUUGUCCGAUUUAUAAAUUUAUAAGAAAGCAAGAAAAGAUCUUAGAAAAAGGUGAAUAAUAAUUUCAAAAAAUGCAAUUACAUUAAUGCUGAUAUUAUUAAAUAGAGCAAAGAUGGUUAUAUAGAGGAAAAUUGAUAUAACAAUGGGAUUUUAACCGAAUUUUUUCAUAUUGGUUAAAAUUUUUUUUCAUAAAAAUUUCGCAAUUACUAUUAAAUGUGGAUAAUUUUAUCGGUAAAAAGAUUCCCUGCAACAUAGAUUCAUUAAAAAAGAAUCAAUCAUUCACGACUUGUAUUAAUUAUCAAUAAAUUAUUAAUUUUUUUACAUGGAAUACGUAGAAACUGCAGGGAAUUUUUUUCAUCAAGAAAAUGGGUCAUUCAGUUAUGAAUAUUGCUAUUUUUGAAAGUAUAAUUGCAUCUUUUUUCAGGACCUCUCCUUUCGUUUUUAUAAUUCUACAAAAAAAUUGUGUUUGUUAUAACAAUACUGCUCUUCUUAGUAUUUUUAGACAAUAUUAAAAAGAUUGUACUUUAUUUUUUAUUUUUAAGGCCUACAUCACUCGAUUAUUUCUAUAAUUUACGAUCUAAACAUUGAUAACAAAAUGUGUUUAGCGUUCGGAAUGAAUAUAUCUAUUUUAAAUUCAAGAUUUUUGUAAGUUUAAAAGAAAAUAGGCGAAUGAUUCAGCAAAUUAAGUCUUAGGAUAAGCAAUUGACUUUUUUGCGUUGGAUAACUUUAGUAGAAUAUGUAACGAUACAUAGAAAAUAAUUUUGUCGACAUCUUUGAUAAAGGUUGUGGUUACAAUCUGUGAGUUGGCACAGAUAUUUUAAGAUGUCCAAUUGUUAAUUCUCUCGAAAUUAAAUUAUUACUUUAUUCACAGAAAAUGCAAUCGAAAAACCUGCAAUAUACAUUCCUUGUUUAUAAUGCUGUACAAGAUUAUAUAAAUAUUUGCUCUAUGUGUAGUUACAAAAUCCAACUUAUAGAAUUAAAAUAUAUAAGAUACCCGUCCACAACUAUUAGUCUAGUACUAUUGAAAAGAUCUUUCACAACUUGUUAAUAAGAAAUAAGACUAUAAGAUAUGCUCGACUUUCAACUAUUUCCUGAAACGCAUCACAUUGCUUCUAGAAAAUAUCAACGUAGAAAAACAGUUUAUUUUCAGAAUAAUUGUCGAUUUUACCAAUGUCGAAAUAUGACAUCCUCAAAUAUAACUUGGAGUGAAUAGCAUG